UACACAUCCACUUAAACGGUCGAUAGAAACUUUAAUUUGUGUACUCGUAUACAUGGGUCGUAAAGUAAUAACUUCCUCGACUUUGUUUACUCAAAUGUGUUGUUUACCAUUGAUCAGUAGAUGUAAUGGGAAUUUAUUUUUCUAUUAAGAUGGACGAUUCCGAUAUCCAGUGUACAUUAUGUUCAAAGAGAAACAUUUCAAAUGCUGCAGUCAUAUGGUGUGCCGUAUGCGACGAAAGACUAUGUCAGUCUUGUAAUGAAAUCCACAAAUAUUUAAAGAUCAGCAGCAGCCACGAAGUCACAGCACUAGAUGUGUAUAAAAAAUUACCGACAUUUAUUUCUUCAUUGAAGCAGACAUGUGACAGUCACGAGGAACAUUUCAAAUUGUACUGUCCUGCUCACAGGGAACCCUGUUGCUACAAGUGUACAACAACAAAACACAAAACAUGCCAUGGAUUCCAAACACUUGAUAGUCUAAUCGAACAAUCCCAAACACAGUUUCUAGAUUUAGAAUGUACGAUUGACGAACUAAACAUAAACAUUGAAACAGUAUUUAACAAUCGGAAAGAAGCAUUAAUUGAAUUAGAUGAUCAAGUUUUGAAUUUAGCGAUGAACAUUAAGAAGACAGGAGAGAAAAUAAGAGAAAAACUUGACAGCAACGAAAAAGAUAUCCUACAACAAUUGUCGGUUGUUCAUUCAAAGUACAAGGCUAUAUUUGAAAAUGCCGUCGAGGAACUUCAGACGAUGAAGGCUGAAAUAAAAUCAUUACAGAAAAAUAUUGAAGAAAUGAGAGAAUUCGCUUCAGAAUAUCAAUUUGUUCUUGGAUCUCAAGAAAUCCGUUCAAAACUAAAAAAUGAGAAGGACAGUUUCUGCAAAUAUUUUGAAAAUGACAAUAAAUUAAGGCAGAAAAAUGUGGCUUUUAAGUUUACGCCGGGGCAGAUAUUAAAUCAAGACAUAUUUCUAGGAACGAUGGUUGUUGAAGAGGUAGACUGUGAAAUUCCCUUUAAGAAAAAUGCGAGUUUGGAAGCUGCAUUUCCUCUUGACAUUUUUCAAAACAUUGAAUCGGUUAAGAUGCGAACAAGUUCACAAUCUAAAAUACAAGCCGGUAACGUGACUAGAAAUCUAGCAGGUUGCACAUUUUUAGAAAAUGACCAAAUGCUGUUAUCUGACUGGAGUGAGAACAAUGAGCUCUUAAUUUUAGAUGAAAAAGGGGAACACUUGAGGAAUAUUGUUCUGGAUAAAAAGGCCUUUGAUGUAGUUUAUGUGGGCAAUGGUUGUGUUGCAAUGACAUUACCAGACGCAAAACAAGUUUCUAUUUUGGAUUUGAAAUCUAAUCAAGAGAAAAUUCAUGUAACAUUUGAAAACCGAUGUUGGGGUAUCACCUAUUCCGAAAAUACAUUAUUCGUUCGAGAAUAUUCCGUAGGAAUUCAUUGUCUAGAUUUAAACGGGACUAUCAGAGAAACAAUGCCCGUGCAUGGUUAUAUCACUCAUAUUACUAGUCUAGGUAGAAAACUGUAUUACACGGAGCAUACGCCUGAUGUUGUGCAUUGUUGCGAUUUAAAUGGAACAGAAAUAUGGCAUUUAGCGUUGGACGGUCGUGGAGCACCAAAAGGAAUUGCAGUCGGAAAAUUUGGUUUCGUAUUCGUUGUAUUAGAAAACGAAAGAAAACUUUUAGUUAUAUCACCAGAUGGAAAAAAUUAUAGGGAACUAUUAAAUGAAGAAAACGGCCUACAAGAACCACAUGCAAUCGUCUAUGACAUGAACAGAAAUAAGCUUCUCUUAGUGAAAGACAAAACUGGGGUAACCGAAUUAUAUGAUGUAUUGUAUUGAUUGUAUAUGUUUUUACAAGAAAGUACAUAUUUUCAGGUGA